AUGCCGCCGCAAAUACCGGAUAAAUCUUCACUAAUUUAUACGCCAUUUUAUUGUGAAGAAAACGUUUAUCAUCUAUGCAAAAAAUUUUCUGAGCUUUUAGAUAAAAGUAUUGGAAACUAUGAAGUUUAUGCUUGCUUUAUUUCCAAUCAAACGCGAUCGGUGCCAAUAAGGAAGCAAAAGGCCGCAAAAAGUCCCGAUGGAUUUGUUAUAUGGGAUUAUCAUGUAAUUCUUUUGCUGAAGGAGUUGAAGGGAGAUGAUGAAAAUUCGAAUAAAAAAAGGCAAGAAUUUGAUUAA